AUGGGUUAUAGCUAGUUGCUCACAAAUAAAACCUAUACAAUUUACGGCUUAAGGGUUAAUAUUGAUUUAACAAAUCUGGAGCAGCAAAAUGUGUACAACUGUUUGGUUGAGCUUCGUUUUAUGCGCAAGCGGAAUUUAUUCGUCUGAACAGAAUACAAGAAGGUGGACGGACAGAGAAGUUUAUUCGUUUACAACUACGCAUCGGCCACUUAUCGCUCGGUGGAGAACAACAACGCCUAGACCAAAAUGGGUUUAUAGUUACUUCUUAUUCGACGAUGAUUAUCCUUUAUUUGGCCCAAGGCCUUUCAGAUUUUCCCAUCCAGUAGCCCAAGCCUCUGAGAUUCUAUGGUCACAGAUGAUACCACUACUCAAAAAUAUGGUGAUUGGAGCAAAGGACUUCAGCAUAAUUCGUGGCAUAGAUUAUGUAAAUAACCCGCCAAAGUAUACGACGACGACUAAGAAAUAUGGAAGGUAAUAAAUUCACCAAGGACGUUGAAAAAAAGAUGGACGUAGUGUCACUUAGAUAUGAUGGAAGCACCAAAAUGUCGGUGGGUUACAUAUGUGUGCGAGUGUAACCGGUUACAUGGUUACCACGUUACCAGACUUAAGAAAAUGAGAAACAUCCUUCGUGUCAAUGAGUGUAUGGUCUGCAUAUAUGUCCAUUG